AACCAAUAAAAACUCGAAGAUACGGCCCCGAGCAGAGAGAGAGAGAGAAUGGGAUUGAACGUGGGAGGUCUCUCUGUGGGUCUGGGCUCUUGCCUCCCUUCUCAUCCUCGUCUUCCACGAUUCUCCUUCACGAAGCCCAGGCAAGUUGCAGUGGCAGCAAUGAGUGAUGAUCCAAUCAGCGAAUGGAUUCUCUCAGAGGGAAAUGCAACGAAAAUCACAAGGAUUAGUCCUGUUGGUGGGGGUUGCAUCAAUGUUGCGAGACGCUACGAUACUGAUGCAGGCUCCCUCUUUGUCAAGACAAACCGGAGUAUAGGACAAUUGAUGUUUGAGGCAGAAGCUCUUGGCUUAGGUGCCAUGUACGAGACCAGAACCAUCCGUGUGCCUAAGCCGUUCAAGUACGGAUCUCUUCCAACAGGCGGCUCAUAUAUUAUCAUGGAAUUCAUAGAGUUUGGAGCACGAGCUGAUCAGUCUGUUCUAGGGAGAAAACUCGCUGAGAUGCACAAAGCUGGGAAAUCCGAGAAGGGUUUUGGUUUUGAUGUUGAUAACACUGUUGGGAGUACUCCGCAGAUAAACACUUGGUCAUCGGACUGGGUUCAGUUUUAUGGAGAGCACAGACUUGGUUACCAGUUUAAGUUAGCGUUAGACCAGUAUGGAGACCGAACUAUCUAUGAAAGAGGGCAAAGACUGAUAAAGAGCAUGGGAGCUCUCUUUGAGAAUGUGGUUAUAGAGCCAUGCCUGCUUCACGGAGACUUAUGGAGCGGAAAUAUAUUCUCUGCCAAGAAUGGAGAACCUGUCAUACUUGAUCCUGCUUGUUACUAUGGCCACAGUGAGGCAGAGUUUGGAAUGUCCUGGUGUGCUGGUUUCGGAGGAUCGUUCUAUAACGCCUAUUUUCAGGUGAUGCCGAAACAACCGGGUUUCGAGAAGAGGAGAGAUUUGUACUUGCUGUAUCAUUAUCUGAAUCACUACAACCUCUUCGGUUCGGGUUACCGUCCAUCUGCCAUGUCCAUAAUAGAUGAUUACUUACGGACAUUAAAUGCAUGAAAGCAUCGAGACUUAAAAUGCUACUAAUCGAAUCAGAUGAUGCGCAGCACAGCCUGUAUAUUCCGGCUGUUUUCAUCAUACUAUAUAUAUCAUCUUUUGAUUAUGCGCAGGGUCUCACGUCAGGUCCUGCUUAACUUA